AUGGUUGAGGAGAGGCCAUCUAGUCCUAAGUUCUUUCCGCCGAACGACCAGUACCAACCCAACAUUUACAUACCACAAGCACCGACUGAUUUUUCACAUCCACCUGAAGCUGGUCGGGAAUAUUCACAACCUACAGCACCUGCUGUCAACCAAGUCCCUCUACAAGAAGAACACCACAAUGAAAGACCUGAUUACGAGACUCAACCCAAUGACGAGGAUUACCUAAACCCAGCGGAGAGACCCCGCGGCAGGCCGUAUGCAGGCAGUCUCGCGGAGGAACUAGAUGGAGCCACUGGGGAGGAGGAUCCAGAAAAGUCCAUUCCCGGAUCACCCGAGCAGGAUUAUCCCGUUUUCGAAGAGAUACCUCGGACGUCAUUCUCAUGUCGUGACAAACCUGUGCCGGCUUACUAUGCUGAUGUGGAGGCUAGAUGUCAGGUAUUCCACAUAUGUGACGUGGGAGGCCACAAACACUCGUUCCUUUGUCCCAACGGUAGCGUCUUCAACCAAAAGUAUCUAGUCUGUGAUUGGUGGUACGACUUCGCCUGCGAAAACGCCGAGAAUCUAUUCAGCAAACAGCUUCUAGACGCCACGGCAACGACACCAAACGACCGUCAGACAUUUCCCAACGAUCGUCAGACGUUCUCCGACGCCGCUCAGACAUUCUCCAACGACGGACAGCUGAUCUACAGUCAGAAUCCAACCGGAGACUACAAUGUAAACCAAGGUUUCCUUAACCCGGGUUUACCUCAAACCCAACUGGACACCCCACAACAGGUUUACACGGGGAACUAUUAUGUACCGCAAAACGACAUUUUUCACGGCGCUGAAACCGGUUUUCCGGGACGGGAUUUGAUACAUGCCAACUCGGAAAAUGCUCGGAAAAUCGAUGAAAAUAACGUGAAUAAUACAGGUAACGUGAAUACGAAUAAUGAGGGUUUGAAUAAUGGUAAUAAUAAUCAGAAUAACAACAACAAUGUUGCUAACUUGAACACUGGGAAUGUGAAUAAUAAUGUAAAUUUGAAUAAUGGAGAGCUCAAUUAUGCAAAUUUGAAUAAUGGAGAGCUCAAUAAUGCAAAUUUUAAUAAUGGAAAUACAAAUAACGGUAAUUUAAACCAUGAAAAUGUAAACAUUGGAAAUUACAACAACAAUGCAAACUCAAAUAAUGGGAAUUUGAAUUACGGUGGAAAUUUUAAUAAUGGUAAUGCAAAUUUCAACACUAGAGAUCUCAAUGUUGCUGGUUCGAACCAAGGAAAUUUUAAUAAUAACGGAAAUUUGAACAACGAGAACUUCAAAGCUGGUAGUUACAACAAUGAAAAUUUAAAUACUACUUACAAUAAUCAAAAUGUGGAUAAGAAAGGUGGAGAGAUUAAUUAUAAUACGGGAGAUAGUAAUAGCAAAAAUCCGGCUAGAAGUUAUAUUGAGGGUAAAAAUCUAGAUAAUUUUCAAAAUAGACAGGAUGAACCACCUAGGAAUAGGAAACAGUACAAGGUUGGAAGACGGCGUCAUGAUAAUAAUAAUUCGAAACAGUCUACUACACAGUCUAGUUUGAAUACUGGAGAGAAAAUCCCCGAUAAAACUCAGGUAUAUUCAGAAAAAGUUCAUUCGAAUCCAGUGGGAGCUAGUGUAGGGGAAAUUCAUGAACAGGGUCUUAAAAAUAUUGUGAACGAUAGUGUUGCAUUACAAAGAAAUAAUAAUAAUGAGAAUAAUUAUUACAACAAUGAACAAAGAGAAAAUGGAAAUAGUUUUCAGGCAAAUGUGAAUAGUUUUAAUCAACCUACACCAAAUACACAAUAUGUUCCACCAUCAAAUACAUUCAGGGAAGCUAAUAAUAAUAACUUUCAAAAUAAUCAAUACACAAUUUGAGGUUUAAAACGAUGUAUUGGUUGUUCUAUUGGUAUUUGAUUAAAUUAAGAAAAUUAAUGAAGUAUCUCGAUUACAUAAUUGAUAAAUAUCGUGUUUUUCCAUGAGAGAGAUGAAUUAUUUGAAAUUGAUAAAGUUUCCUGAUUUGAUAAAUUGAAAUAACUUGUUCUGCCAUAAGCGAGGUGAAUACUGCACAGUGGAUGCAUCUAAUCACUAAUCACUCUUUCUCUCCCUCUCUCUAUAUCUCUCUCACACUCUCACUCGCUCAAUCUCUCUCUCUGGAAAGAGGACCUAGAGUCCUAACUCCGCUCUAAUGAAAGCAUAUAAUCAAUCAAUCAAUCUCUCUGAGGGUAUAACUAUAACAUUCACAGAGGAAUAAGUUCCGUUUGAUAUAACAUGAGUUCUACUGUUUUGCCUCUACAUAUUCCUGUAUAUAAAAAUAAAUAUUUUAUAAUAUAAAAAUAAAAAUUUAUAUUUAUAUAAAAAUAAAUAUACUGUAUCGUAUAAAUGAUACAAGUUUUGAUGAAUAUACUUGAAUGUAUGUGUAGUGCAGUGGGAAUAUAAAUAGACCAUACAUCUCUAAAAAUAAAACAUUGUAUGCUGUAAAUUAUUCAAUGGAUGUGAAAUUUAUCUUCUUCUCAUUGCAAUAGAUUAAUGUUUUUGGAAAAAAAUCAAUCGAAUGAGUUUUUAUUAUCACCAAUAGCAUGUUCACAUGGAAGGUUCAUUAAAAAUCAUCUCUCCAUUGUGUCAUUUAAAUCAUAUUUAUUCAUCUUAACAAAUAAUUCCUGUAUUGUAUUUAUUCAUUAGUCUAAGGUACGCUAGUUACAUAAUCAUCAUGAAUUUGAAUACGAUCGAAAUUUCAUUGCUUAGUGUAUAGAUAAUACAUCGAAAUCAAUAGCCUAACUUGAGAAUCUCGUUCGGGUCUUGAAGUUGUACAUAGUAUGCGAGGGAAUGUUAUGAAUAAAUUCAAGAAAUUAAAUGUUUCUCCGGUCAAUGAAUCCUUUUCAAUUCCAAGUAUAAACUAAUUAUGAAUACUGCAAGUUCUAUUUUCCGUGUUUCGGAUGGACACGUUAAGCCGUCGGUCACGGCUGCCUAAAAAGCAGUCGUUAGGUCAUGUCAGAGGCCCUGAGAUUGAUCAGGUGCGACCUGAAAACUCUGACACCAGACCUGAGCCAACCAGGUCACUCGAUAUUAUUAUUAUGAUUAUUAUUCUAUUUUCUACGGUACUCGUACUUUUUCAUCCAAUGGAGAUGUCUAGUGAAACUUUUUGUAAAAUUUUUCUUUAUACGUUUCUUAAUAUUUUCAAUGAGUUUCUAUAGUAUCUCAGACUAGAGUAUAAAUAUUUUUGCAUUCAAAUUCUCUGAAAUUGAUACAAUUUCCCCUUCAAAUUGAGAAUAUCAAUAAGUAGUGUAUCUCUACUAGUAUGAUAGUAAUAAGAUUGGUAUUACUAUUAUAACCAUAAUGAUUUUUUCUCAAUAUAGAGCAACGUAAUCCUACAACAUAAAGCGUAAUGAUAUUGCUUGGAAAAGCAUUCCUAUAGUGUAAAGAUACUAAGGUAAGACUCAACUAAUGCUUCAAAUUUUCUUGAUCAGCUAUUCUUAGUUUCUUAGUGAAUGUAAAAAUCUGUUGUAUUUUGUAAUAAAUAAUUCAUUUUACAUGGA